AUGCCCUUCCCCUCAAGUGCACCCACAUAUUUACCAAAGCAUGAUUUCAUUCAAUACUUAGAUGAAUAUGCUUCCCAUUUCAAUGUCACACCAUUAUACCAUCGUCGCGUGUCGUGUGCCUCGUUUGGCGACCGGAAUUGGCUUGUCGUGGCCGAAAAUACCCAAUCGGGCACGACUGAGAGCUACUCGGCCAAGUUUCUAGUCGUGGCGACUGGCGAAAACAAUGAAGGCUAUAUACCACCGGUUUCGGGUCUGGGCUCGUUUAAUGGUGAGACAAUGCACGCGAGUUUCUAUGAUAACGGGAAUAGGUUUUGUGGCAAGGAUGUUUUGGUCGUCGGGAGUGGAAAUUCCGGUAUGGAAAUAGCUUUCGAUCUAUCCAAUUGCGGUUCUCGUGUUUCUAUAGUCGUUCGCAGUCCGGUGCACUAUUUGGCCAAUUGGAUGGUGAAGCUAGGGAUGGAAAUGUUGAAAUUUCUAUCUAUAGAUGUUGUGGAUAAAAUUGUGCUAAUGUUGAGCAAAAUUAAAUAUGGUGAUCUUAAUAAUUAUGGCAUCCAAAGGCCUAGCAAAGGACCGUUUUAUCUAAAAGUGGCAACUGGCCGGUCGCCCGUUAUUGAUGUCGGGACAAUUGGGAAAAUUCAAGAACAAAAAAUUAAGGUUCUUCCGAGUAUUGAGAAGGUGGAUGGAGAUUAUGUUCGCUUUGCGAACGGCGACACGAAGCGUUUUGACGCCAUUGUUUUCGCCACCGGAUACAAAAGCGCGGUUCGUGAAUGGCUUAAGGACGAUGGUGCACUCUUUGGGGAAAAUGGAAUCCCUAAAGUGGAAAAAUCAAAACUUCGAAAAGGAGAAAACGGACUUUACUGCGCGGGAUUUGGAAUGAUGGGUCUCAUUGGGAUUUCAAAUGAUGCAAAAGCCAUAUCACACGACAUAGUCGUGAUAUUAAACCAAGAGUCGAGCUUGUUCGACAACAUUUAA